UGCCUGGCCUCCACUUUUCCCUCACCAGCUCUGCACUCCCCACAUCAUGUUUGGAGAGCACUGCAGUCUCCCUUCAGAGCAAACUCUGCUCAGCCACCCCCCAAAAACUGGACUCCGCUGCAAAAUGGUGCUUCAGGCAGUCAGCAAAGUGCUCAGGAAGUCUAAAGCUAAGCCAAACGGCAAGAAAACUGCUUCAGAGGAGAAGAAAGUGUACCUGGAGCCAGAGCACACCAAGUCCAGGAUCACCGAUUUUGAGUUCAAGGAGCUGGUAGUGCUGCCCCGGGAGAUCGACCUCAACGAGUGGCUGGCCAGCAACACAACAACAUUUUUUCACCACAUCAACCUGCAGUAUAGCACAAUCUCAGAAUUUUGCACAGGAGAGACGUGUCAGACAAUGGCCGUGUGCAACACACAAUACUACUGGUAUGACGAGCGGGGGAAGAAGGUCAAGUGCACUGCCCCCCAGUAUGUUGACUUUGUCAUGAGCUCUGUGCAGAAGCUGGUAACUGAUGAAGAUGUGUUCCCCACAAAAUAUGGCAGAGAAUUCCCCAGCUCCUUCGAGUCCUUGGUGAAGAAGAUCUGCAAGUAUCUGUUUCACGUGUUGGGCCACAUCUACUGGGCCCACUUCAAGGAGACCCUGGCCCUUGAGCUGCACGGACACUUGAACACAUUGUACGUGCACUUCAUCCUCUUCGCCAGAGAGUUCAACCUGCUCGACCCCAAAGAAACCGCAGUCAUGGACGACCUCACUGAGGUGCUGUGCAGCAGCCCGGGUAGCAGUGGUGCCACUGGGGAUGGGACCAGCAGUGGAGCUUCCGGAGCACAGAACCACGUGAAGGAGAGAUGAGCCUCCAGGGCUAGAUGGGUGCACAUGUGCAAAGAGACAACUGUGUGUCUGUGUGUGCGCACACAUGCCCAGGCGUGCUGGUGGCAAGGUCUGAGGGCCCCAGGCUGCGCAGAGUGUGGGCUCCAUGGAUGCCGCUGGAGUCAAGGCGUGUUUCCUGACUUUCCUGUUGGAUGGAUGAGUGCUGUUUGUAGUGAAGAGCCUUUGGAGUCAUUCAUUCAUUCAACAAACAUUUAUUGGACUGAUGUUUUGAUUUUUCUUCUGUGGGGUUUUCCUUUCUUGGGUCUUCCAUGUGGCUCUUGCCCUCCCCUCCCCCAUCUCAGGGGGGCUCUGCAGCUUUGAGAGAAGCACCUUGUGAGAGGUGUCUCCCCCUAUGGGCCUUGCCCUGCAGACCUGAAGUUCUGCUGUGCUUUGGGGAUGGGCUUUACAGAGGCCCACCCUGCAGCUUCCCUCCCUAGCCCUUGCCUGGAUCUUGGCUCGGAGUCCCUGGGGGAGAGAGGCCUGGGGUGACCCGUGAGGGCCCACACCUGCUGCUUGCUCCUGUCACCCCUUCUUGCUGCCUCCUCAGUGCCCAUGCAGGUCCCGUUUGUGCAUAAGGGCCAGGGCAGCGCCAGGACCUGGCUGAGGCCCUGUGUGGAGACAGGGCUGUCAGUGAAAGGCAGAAUCUGCUUUAGUUCAUCUGUUCAGUCAUAAUAAAAGAAUUCUCUCAGGUCAGA